CCGCACAUUUGUUUACAUUAUUUUAUGGCCGGUGCAUUGUGACGUGACUCGCUCUCUAAUUUAUGAAGAAUGUAUUAAUGAGUGACUGCAGGUGAGAUAUUAGAGUUGCCAUGAGUGGAUGAAAGCGAGGAGGUGAAGAAACGCCCUGAAAAUACCAUCACUUUUGAUAAACUCGCGAUAUUUUUACUUAUCAUCUGCUGCCGGUGGCGAUGUGGUGGGCCGUAUGGAGCUUGGAAAUAUAAAGUGAAGAGAUUGACGGACUUAUAUGACCUUGACAGCAACACCGGACACGUCAAGUGGGCCGAGCUACGCCGCAGGAAUAGUCAGACGUCUUUGGAACCAGAUAUAAGGACGCAGGAGGUGAUGCUGUCCUGGCCGCUGAAUUGAGGUGCAGCAGAGUUACCUACACCCAUCAGCCCACACCUGUCCACACACCUGUCCACACACCUGUCCACACACCUGAGCUGGCCUGUACCUCACCACCAGGGCUGUGAGGGAAUGUAGUCACCUCUUUCUAAAUAAUUAAAGACAGACGAAAGGAAGAGGCCCCAAAAUGACCUGGCACACACUAGCUCUCGUGGCCCUCAUGUGCAUGGGGGCAACAGGCGCAGGAGGAAAGGGAACCGCCAAGGACCCAGAGAAGGUGACCUGGGGCGGCCUCUACCCCAGGGAGUCAGCCAGCCGGGAGGUCAAGUCGCUGGAUGGCUUAUGGGACUUCCGACUUGUUCCGCUGCUCGACCAAGAGAAAGGGUUCCGAGAGCAGUGGUACAAGGAGCCGCUGAGGAAGAGUGGCCCGGUGAUCUCCAUGGCCGUCCCGAGUAGCUACAACGACAUUACGCAGGACAAGGCACUCCGGGACCACAUCGGCUGGGCAUGGUAUGACCGCACUUUCUAUGUUCCAUCGCGCUGGGAGGUGGACCAACAGAGGGUGGUCCUGAGACUGGGGUCGGCGCACUACAACUCCAUCAUUUACGUGAACGGCAUUGCGUUGGCCACCCAUGAGGGAGGCCACCUGCCCAUCAUGGUGGAGGUGACGACCCACUUGUCCUACAGCCAGGAGAACCUCAUCACUGUGGCCAUCAACAACACCCUCACGUCCUCCACCAUACCCCAGGGCACCAUCACCAAUUAUGACGACCCAACCAGGUACCCGCCCGGCUACUUCACACAGAGCUACAGCUUCGACUUCUUCAACUACGCUGGCAUUCACCGCCCCGUCUACCUGUACACCACGCCCCAGACCUACGUGGAAGACAUCCUCGUCGACACCAGCAUCAAUGGGACUGACGGCAUAAUCAAGUACACCAUCACACCCGCCACCACAAGCAUGGGGCCGCACCGCCUGGGGGAUAUCGGCUGCUCGCUGAAGGUGCUGGACCAGAAUCGGCUGUACGUCACCAGUGCCAUCGGCUGUGAGGGCACCAUCCUGCUCACCAAUGCUUCCCUCUGGUGGCCGUACCUCAUGGCGGACAACCCGGGAUACCAGUACACCCUCAUGGUGUCAGUUGCGGAUCCCAGGGGAAACAUGGAUGUGUACCCGCAGAAGGUCGGCAUUCGCUCCGUCGGCUGGAACUCCACGACCCUCACCAUCAACGGGGAGCCCAUGUACCUCAGGGGCUGCGGCAAACACGAGGAUGCGGAUAUCAGAGGCAAGGGUCUGGACUACGCUCUUGUGGUUAAGGACUUCAGCCUCCUCAAAUGGCUCGGGGCAAACAGCUUCCGCACUUCACACUACCCCUACGCCGAGGAGAUCAUGGAUAUGGCGGACCAGGAGGGCAUCAUGGUUAUCGACGAGUGCCCUGCCGUUGGCCUCAGUGGGUUCGGUGAUGAGCUGAUGGACAAGCACAUAGAGGUGAUGGAGGAGCUGGUGCGGCGCGACAAGAACAGGCCCGCGGUGAUCAUGUGGAGUGUGGGGAACGAACCAAAGUCCAACCAGGCUGCUGCUGCCGGGUACUUCAGCAAAGUUGUUUCGGCCACUCACGCUGCAGACCUCACCAAGCGUCCCGUAACGUGCGUCCUUAACCAGCGGAUGGAGAUUGACCUCGCUGCUGCCAGUCUCGACGUGAUCCUGGUCAACCGUUACUACUCCUGGUAUGGGGACACUGGCCACCUGGAGGUCAUCAAGCUACAGACGAUCACAGAGUUCACCGAGUGGCACAUGCUGCAUAAUAGGCCGGUCAUGAUCUCGGAGUAUGGGGCGGGAUCCAUCGCCGGCCUGCAUACGGACCCGGCCUUCACUUGGAGCGAGGAGUACCAGGCCGAGUUGAUGGUGCAGAACUUUGAGGCGUUCGAUGUCCUACGCGACAAAGGUUACUUCGUGGGCGAGAUGAUCUGGAACUUCGCCGACUUCGCCACGCCUCAGGCGAACCAACGGGUGGCGGGGAACAAGAAGGGAGUCUUUACCCGCAACCGGCAACCCAAAAUGUCUGCUCACGUCUUACGCUGGCGGUACCUCAACCUGGCCGGGAGAGGAGAGGCUGUGGGCAACAACACAGCUCAGUGGUACUCAGCCAUCACCGCGCCCUACUACUAGUGUGGGGUGGCAGACGUGUGAUUAGGGUGUUAUGCAUGGACAGCUAUUCCUAAAACUGCGAUAUUUUCUUUAUUUUUUAUUUUUUAUUUUUUUUUACAAGACAGCAACUCAAGGGCAACCAAAAAAAGAUGUAAAAAAAAAAAAAAAUAAAUAAAAAAGCCUGCUAACUGUUGCUCUCAUAUAGCGAUUAGUAUAGAGUGAUUAGUACAGAGAUUAUGUACACUCAUGAAACACAGGUUUGUUAUCAUUUCAAUCAGGUAAGUUCUGAUAUUAUGUGAUAAGAUACAAGACAUGAUUUUUUUUCCUGUUGAUAACUUUUAAUACAGAAAAAUCAUAGCAUUGCAUAAUCAUAAAAGGAAGAGUAGGAUGCGUUUUUGGUUUUGUUAAUCUUAAAUCUGAGAAACUGUGAUUUUACUAUGCCGCAAGUCUGUGUGUAAGAAUGCUGAUUUUUCUGUGUUUAUAACUUUUAACACAGAAAAAUCAUAGCCUUGCAUAAUCAUAAAAGGAAGAGUAGGAAUAUUUUUUUUUAGUUUUGUUAAUCUUAAAUCUGAGAAACUGUGACUGACUAUGCUGCAAGUCUGUGUGUGUGUGUGUGUUUUCUAUUUCUUAAACCCAGCAUAGUGAUAUUCUGGGAUUAGAGAGAAGGGAAUUAUUUUGCAGUGUGUGAUAAAUAACCAAGCAAACAGAAUCAUAGUGAUAUUCUGGGAUUAGAGAGAAGGGAUUUAUUUUACAGUGUGUGAUGAGUAACCAAGCAAACAGAAUCAUAGUGAUAUUCUGGGAUUAGAGAGAAGGGAUUUAUUUUGCAGUGUGUGAUAAAUAACCAAGCAAACAGAAUCAUAGUGAUAUUCUGGGAUUAGAGAGAAGGGAUUUAUUUUGCAGUGUGUGAUAAGUAACCAAGCAAACAGUACUGACAAAAGGGCAGGAUAUUUAACUGUGAAAUAUCUCCCAUGUUUACCGAGAUAUUUGUGACUAUACUCAUAUGUUUUGUGACUAUACUCAUGUGUUUUGUGACUAUACUCAUAUGUUCUUUGGACCUCAUUUGAUAGUAAGUAAUUUUUGCCGAGGCGUGAUUUUAUUUUCUGUCAUCUUGUUAAGCAGGAAUUUUUUACGUUGUUUUGCUGUGUUCUCUCCGUAUUAAACUUUCAUCUCCCA